CGCAUACACUCUCUAGCUCGUCCUGGCCACUCCUUCUUAGUCUAUCCUUUAACCUCAAUCAUGGACCCGCCAGCUUCACCACUCAGGAGGAACCGAAUCAUUGAGGAUCACUUCCGUUUCCAAUCACCUCGUCCUGAAACCCCCGAGCCGGAUUCUCGACAGGGUCGAAGAAACUUCCGGGCUCUCGGUGUCCAGCUACUGGAUGACGAUGGUGCCAUGUCUGAGGGAUUCAUAUCGUGUCUAAAACAUAUCUUUGGCAAAUACUGCACUCCUCGACCGUCGACAGAAGCGGCUGGUGGGCUGCUUUUACCUUCGGAUGACGCGUAUCUAUCGCCGGAAGGUCUUGACCGUUGGGCCGUUGACACCAAUGGUAUGCCCUUCGAUGACGAAACGAAGCAGGAACUCGCGGAUUUCAUGGAUGUUACGGACGACGGAGACCUAACAUUAUACGGCUUCUUGCAAGUCUAUCAGCUGCAAACGGAAAACGACGAAGAAGAGACCUGGAAGGACCUCGCUACACAUGGGUUCGAUAGAACUCUGCAAUUAGUCGCAACCAGGCGAGAGGACGAGGAUUUUGAGAUGACUCCUCCAUCCCAGCCGGUGAGAACUAGUGGCGCACCGAAGGUAUCAUGGGUACUCAAUGAAAACAACGAGCUCAUUCUGCAAGAACUUGAUCACUGACGAGAUGAUCAACGCGACACAUACCCGCUUCCGCAAUUGCUCCUCGUGACUGUUGUGGACAUUCCCUUUCCCUCUCAACAUCUGCUGCAUUGUAUGUCUUGCUGGAGAGCAGCGCAUAUGGUACUACUAAUACCGCUCUUUCGCCGGACGGACAUCCUUCACAGGUGACGGCACACUCGUCGUGCUACGUUCACGAACGGUCCCUUCCGUCACAUUACUGCAUACCCAGAUACACCGUUCUAAUUGAAGACCUUGAUUAUCUAGAGGGUAAUGAAUGUUGAAGAAUUCUACGCUG